UCGUUGUUGUGGCUGCAGAAAACAUCACUUUUAACACCUUGCUAACGGUCAUGAAACCCCUCACUCACAGCAUCAAUUCUCCGGAGUAUUUCAGACUCUAUGUGCCCAUACCCUAACCUGAAGACCCUCGGUGUUCCCGGAAAGCCUCUCACCCCCGGCUGAGAGAUGUCAGUAGUGACGGUGCAGCUCGGGCAGUGCGGGAACCAGGUGGGUCAGCAGCUGCUCCACAGCCUCCUCUGCGACGCUCAGGACGGCCAGAGGAAGGAGCUCUGCACCGCCAGCCGGGAGCGCUUCUUCCAUCAGGACACACAUGGAGAGCUUGUUGCCCGGGCUGUGCUGAUCGACAUGGAGCCCAAAGUGAUCAACCAGAGCAUCAGCAGGGCUGCGAGAUCCGGCAUGUGGCGGUACGGAGAGACGUCACACUUCAGCCAGAAGCAGGGCUCUGGGAACAACUGGGCCAAUGG